AUGGCUAGUUCAACAGCUUCAUUUGACUUUCUGUCCCCGCUCUCCAUAAUUCAACAACACAUUCCUUUUGGCGCGACUUCGUUCUGCCCAGCCACGCAUCCUGCUGAGUCUUUUCACAGAAGACUACCGUCUCCAGAUCCCACUCCACCAAACCUCUACCACACCGUCCUCGAAAAGAUAUCUCCUGAACAAUUCAUGCGUUGUCUUCACCUUCUACGCACGUCCCUCCACACCAACCUCGAUGCGGUGCGUGGCAUCACGCCAAAGCCCAACGGAUUCGUGCAUACGGUGUUUGAGGCACACAAUAACCAUCGUGCGCUCAUCCUCCGCCCGGACGAUGUCUGGACCGCGAUCCUCAUCCAAUUCUUCUCCCGGUCUAGCAAAUGCGAGGAGCAUCACUCCAACGUUCCUGGCACACCUAGUGCGCCUAACACUAGGGACGCCGGCCUGGCUCUCCCGCGCGUAGAGCUGGAUUCCAACGGCUCUCCGACGCCCGAUGCGCCGUUCACUAGAGACAUCAGCCACCUAAGCUCCCUCAGCUCUCCCGACUCUCUCAAUUCUUCCAACUCUCUCAGCUCUCUCAGCUCUGCCAGCUCUCCUGACGGACCUGACAAGCGCAGAGAGCUUGACUCCAACGGUCCUAGCAAACCGGUGUUACUAGACAAGCACACGGUGUGGACUCCAACAGCCCUAGCAAACCUGAGUUGCCAAGCAAGCGCGCAGAGUUCGACUCUAACGGCCCUAACAAACCUGAGUUGUCCAACAGGCGCACGGUGCUUGACUCCAACAGCCCCAGCACGCCUAACUUUCCAGACAAACGCUUCCGGGGUCACGAUCACACGCACCAUUCACUCUGGCGGUCCCGACAAGCCUGAUAAGUCCCGAUGGGCCUCUAUAGGCUGA